AUGUGUAGACCUGGCAUUGUGCUGCCUGUGUGGCUACCACUCAGCCCUCCACUGGCGGAGCAGACGGGGAGGGCGAUAGUCUACUUUGCCUGCCUCAUGUACAUGUUCCUGGGUGUGUCCAUCAUCGCCGACCGCUUCAUGGCCUCCAUUGAGGUCAUCACCUCCCAGGAGAAAGAGGUGACUAUCACCAAACCCAACGGGGAGACGUCAGUGACCACUGUGCGGAUCUGGAACGAGACUGUGUCUAACCUCACGCUCAUGGCCCUGGGCUCCUCUGCACCAGAGAUCCUUCUCUCUGUCAUCGAGGUGUGUGGUCACAACUUUGACGCGGGUGAGCUUGGACCGGGCACCAUAGUGGGCAGCGCUGCCUUCAACAUGUUUGUGAUCAUCGGAGUGUGUGUGUGGGUCAUCCCCGACGGGGAGUCGCGAAAGAUCAAACAUCUGCGAGUGUUCUUCAUCACAGCCUUCUGGAGCAUCUUCGCUUACAUCUGGCUCUACCUCAUCCUGGCUGUUAUCUCCCCGGGAGUAGUGGAGGUGUGGGAGGCUCUGGUCACUCUGCUCUACUUCCCAGUGUGUGUGAUCUUGGCUUGGAUCGCCGACCGCCGCCUGCUCUUCUACAAGUACAUGCACAAGCGUUACCGUGCCGACAAGCGGCAUGGCAUCGUUGUGGAAACGGAAGGUGACCUGGCGCCCAAGGGGAUCGAUGUAAUCAUGGACGCUAAGUUCUCAGAUAGCAAUUCCACGGCUGGAAACUCCUCCAGUGUCUGCACAGUCUCUGUUCAGACAGGCAAGGAGCUGGACCAGAACAGAGAUGAGGUGGUACGCAUCCUGAAGGACCUGAAGCAGAAGCACCCGGACAAAGACCUGGAGCAGCUUAUCGAGAUGGCCAACUACUCAGCUCUGGUGCAGCAGAGGAAGAGCCGCGCCUUUUACCGCAUCCAAGCCACACGCAUGAUGAUCGGUGCCGGCAACGUGCUCAAGAAGCAUGCCGCCGAGCACACACGACGCAAAGCCGCCGCUACGGAGGGCGGAGCCCUGGAGAAAGACGACAGGGCCACGUGCACCCACCUGUCCUUUGAGCGUGCCCAAUACCAGUGCACGGAGAACUGUGGUACCCUGAGCCUAGCAGUGAUCUGUGAGGGUGGCAUGGGGCAGCACACCUUCUAUGUGGACUACCACACGGAGAAUGGCUCGGCAAAUGCCGGGGCGGACUAUGAGUUUAGCGAGGGGACGCUGGUGUUCAAACCAGGGGAGAGUCGGAAGGAGAUUAAGGUGGGCAUCUUGGACGACGACGUCUUCGAGGAAGACGAGCACUUUUUUGUGCGGCUGCAGAAUCUCCGUCUGGAUGAGGGCGGCAACAAGGUUUCACUGGGAACGCCGCCCAAGGGCCGGCUGGUGGAGCCGUUAGUUGCCAUGGUUACCAUCCUGGACGACGACCACGCCGGCAUCUUCACGUUCGGCGAGCGCGUGCUGCGAGUGAGCGAGAGUUCGGGUACGAUGGUGGUGACGGUGGUGCGGAACUCUGGCUCGCGGGGCACCGUGAUGUUGCCCUACCGCACUGAGGACGGCAGCGCCCGUGCCGGCGUGGACUACGAGGAGACCAAGGGCGAGCUUGAGUUCUCCAAUGAACAGACCAGUCAGACUCUACAGGUACGCAUUGUAAAUGUGGAGGAAUAUGAGAAGCAGGAAAACUUCUUCAUUGUGCUGGAUGAGCCCAAAUGGCUAAAGCGAGGAAUCUCAGGUCAUCUUCUAAUUAAUGAUUUAUUUACUCUACCUCGUCAAUCUCAUUCCAAACGGAACCCUACUCCAGAAGAGGAGGACGCCAGACGUAUCUCAGAGAUGGGGAAGCCCAUUCUAGGGGAGCACAGCAGGCUAGAGGUCAUCAUAGAGGAGUCCUACGAGUUUAAGAGCACCGUGGACAAACUCUUGAAGGACACCAAUCUGGCUGUGGUGAUUGGAACUCAUUCCUGGAGAGAACAGUUCAUUGAGGCGGUCACAGUCAGUUCAGGAGAACCUGAUGGUGACGAGGAAGAGGGAGUGGAGCGGCGAAUUCCCAACUGCUUCGACUACUUCAUGCACAUUGUGACAGUUUUCUGGAAGAUUCUGUUUGCCUGUGUGCCACCUACCGAGUACUGGAAUGGCUGGGCCUGCUUUGUGGUGUCCAUCAUUGUCAUUGGCUUACUAACCACCGUCAUCGGGGACCUGGCCUCCCACUUCGGCUGCACCGUGGGCCUCAAAGACAGUGUCACUGCUGUGGUGUUUGUGGCUCUGGGCACCUCCAUCCCUGACACCUUUGCCAGUAAAGUCGCUGCCACCCAGGACCAGUAUGCCGACGCGUCAGUGGGUAACGUGACGGGUAGCAAUGCGGUCAACGUUUUCUUGGGCAUCGGGGUGGCGUGGUCCAUCGCUGCCAUCUACUGGGAGACCAAAGGUCAAACUUUCCGCGUGGACCCUGGCUCACUGGCCUUCUCGGUCACGCUCUUCACCAUCUUCGCCUUCAUCAACAUGGGGGUGCUGAUGCUCCGCCGCCGGCCGUCUGUAGGGGGUGAGCUGGGGGGGCCCAAGGUCACCAAGGUGCUCACCACCCUAUUCUUCUUUGGCCUCUGGUUCAUCUACAUCCUCUUUUCCAGCCUGGAGGCCUACUGCCAUGUAAAGGGCUUCUGAGGGAGCACAGGGCUAGAUAGGUAGAUGGGUAGAUUGAGAAACUCACACAUGCACACAGACACACACACAUGCGCAUACAUGCUGGCACGCACACACGCACACGCACACGCACACACA